UCCUGAGGUUCGCUCGGUGCCUGCAGAGUCACGGCAGGCUGGAUGUGGGCCACCUCGAGCCUCCGCCUGCAGCCUGAUCGUCUUCUGUGGGGUUUCCUGUCCUGAGGAGGAUCGCAGGACUGCAGACCGCCUUUAACAAGCAGCGCACCGGGCCUCGGUCUCCUCCGCCAUGGGGAACCACGGCUCGACCCUGGACGACAUCCUGGCAGAGGACAUGCACCACUGGUACAACAAGUUCAUGAAGGAGUCUCCGUCAGGCCUCAUCACGCUGUUCGAGCUGAAGGCCAUACUCAACCUGAAGGGCAUGAACGAGGACGCCAACCGCUACGUGGAGCAGGUCUUCUUCACCUUCGACAUGGACGGGGAUGGCUACAUUAACUUUGUGGAGUACAUCGCAGCCAUCAGCCUGAUGCUGAAGGGAGAAAUCAACCAGAAACUGAAGUGGUACUUCAAACUGUUCGACCAGGACGGCAACGGAAAGAUCGACAAGGAAGAGCUGGAGACCAUCUUCACGGCCAUCCAAGACAUCACACGGAACAAAGACAUCGACCCCGAGGAAAUCGUCUCGCUCAUAUUUGAGAGGAUUGAUGUGAAAGGAGAAGGUGAGCUGACCCUGGAGGAGUUCAUCGAGGGAGCCAAAGACCAUGAAGAUAUCAUGGACAUGCUGAAGACCCUGAUGGACCUGACGCCGGUCUUACUGAUCAUUAUUGAGGGCCGGACGGGGAACAACCAAUGAGAGAAACGUGGAAGCAGUGAGCUGUGAUUGGCCGUUUGGACAGGUUUAACAUUACAGAGAGGAAGCCUGGCUGAUUUUCAUGUGAAGAAGGUCACGAUGGACUCUGUGAGCUGCAUCUGCCAACCCCCUCCUGCUGUAGGUCCCCCUGGACCAGGAGUUUGUGGUGCCACCAAGUCUUUCUCUUGUAUGUGCUAUAUGUAUGGAACCAACACCACUGCAGUGGGAACAAGGUCUUCAUAUUCCUUUGCCAUAGAGAACCUCAUUUCAUCCAACAUUUUGCUAAUUUCUGCUUCAACUAUUUAGAAAAUGUGUCGCACUGACGCUGGACUGAGAAUCAGAAAGUUGAGAUACCUGAGGUUGAGUUUUAACAGCAGCAUUAAUAAAAACUACUACCAAUAAUAAUAAUAAUAAUGAUAAUAACUAAUAGUAAUAAUUCUUCUAAUUACUACGAGCUUUCAGAAAAACUUUAAAUCUUUUCAACAUCUCAACAUCAAAGAUUUUCGCCCCAGAUUUAUUCAUCUGACUUUGAUCUAUACGAAAAGCAUCAAGCUACACUUUCUGCAAACAAACAGUCCAUCAAUACUGAGACCGAAGCACAUUAAAAGGACCUGAACUGUGGCUAUGCAUCCAUGUCUGAGAAUACUGCUACAGCGAUUUGUGUGCUAAUAGUUUUUGUAAUACUGAGACAGUGAUUUGGAGAAGGUGCUGUCUCUGUGAGCCGGGAGAUUACCGUACAGCUGAUCCUCUUAAUGCUGCCAAAGGAUCUGAUUCUUCCUCUGGAGGAGGCUUCAUCAUCUUUAACCCCCACACAGGUUCAUGUCUUUGAGGACAAAACUAAAUGUUUCAAACACAUCCUGCAGCCGUGAUGUGUUUAACACACAGUCUGUGGGGUCGAUAAAUCCACUUUCCAUAUCAGAGCGAAGCGGUGCAUUCAGGGACCAAAGCUGCUCCAUCAGCUCAAUUGGCAGCAGGCCAGUCCAAAGGUCCACUCGGGUCAGGCCGGACCAAACUGGGGCGCCUGAGGGCAGAACAACCUAUCAUCUCACUCACAGUGGAGGACUAAGCACAUUUACUCAAGUACUAUGCUUGACCUCAUUUGUAUGCCACUAUCUACUGCUCUGCUUCUCAGAGAGAAGCUUUGUACUCCUCCCAGUGAACCAAGCUAACACAUCAAAGCCUCAACAUGAUAUUAAUGAAGAUGUGAGCACCCGCACACUUCCUCAGAUUUAGUGAAAGAGACCAAAAGAGGACUCAAUGAAAUUGUGCUUUUUGAAUGAGAAUUAGAAAUGGCAUCUAGUGGCCAUUGUUGGAAUUGCACUUUUAUUCAUUCCUGCACUGGUUUCAGUAGCACUACCUACAGAUGAAACAACUUUUUACCCACUGAUCACUUUCUUCUGAAUCUACUGAAAGGUUCAGCAGGUUUAUGUAGAUGACUGUCCUGCUGUCUUCAGUUAAACGUAGUGAACAGGUGCACAUUUCCACCAUUUUGGAGUGGAAUUAUUAUACCUGAGGAUGUGUCAUUAAUGAAGGGUGGAGGACAGUUAAACAGAGGAAUCUCAAAUAUACAACAUAUCCAAUGAUUUUAUCACCGUUAUGAAAACCGUAUAUCAAAAACAAGUUUUCUGGUCAUUUCAGGAGAAAAAACCUUUGGGGUAGAGUAGAGUUUAAACAGGAAGACAUCUGCUGUAUAGACUGUACAGUGUUGUAAGGUAUGAGAGGUCCUGUGUCCCGGACAAGCCCCCAAACAUGUUAUAACUUCAAAUUCAAAGGCACACGGAAAACCUAAUAUGAGUUGUCACCAUGCUGCUGCUGUUAUAUUAAUGAAAAUAAAGUUACUUUCAAAGGAAAAACAGAUAAACAAAAGACAAAGAAGGCUGUGAACCAACCAUCUGCUUCCUAUCUAACCAAAAACUGAAGACUGUGGGUAACUCCCAGCUCAACUCAUAAUACAGAGAACUACAAAAGCAACAAAACGUAACGCCAGUGAGGGAGGAUGACUAAGACGCUAACUGCCAACCUUCAUGCUCCGCCUUCCCUGGCUUCAUAUCUGUGUGGUGGUUCAUCUGCAGCUAGUCAGCACUAAUAAUAAAUCAAAGAGAAGAGAGCAGGUUAAUGAGAAGGAUUAGGUAUAAUAACAGGAUGAUGGACAUGUCAGCACACUGAGUAACGUUAGCGUAAAUUAAGAGUAUCCAUCCACAGGAUACACACCAACAGCAGGCGUUUAGAUGAAGUUUGCAUUCACCUACGUGUGAAAAAUAAAUCAGACAUAAGCAAAAUUUGGGAAAAGGGGAAAAAAACCAGAGGUGGCUGCAUACACAGUCUACAAGAUAUCGAUCAUAACCUUUUUAUCGAUUUUUGCAAAACACGGUCGGCAUAAUGAUCAGCUCAGCUGCACGAAUCAGGAGGGUUUUUUUUAUAAACCACUUUUUCCACUGCACCCUCUAGUGGACUCUCACAGCAAUACAUAUGCUAUAAGUUUAAAGGCCAAGCACACUACCGGCCUAGUUUUGCGCGACAGGUCGCUCGAUUGAAUGUUUUAAAUGUUUUUAUUUUUACAAGGUGACAUGUGUGACCACGUCAGGAGGGUCUGAGGAUGUCUGGCUAAGCUAACAGGUCCUACUGUGCAACAGAUUUUUAUGGUGAAAAUGUGUCCUGUAAAAUCUUCAGUCCUAACCACUCACGUAUUGUGCUGCCUUAUCAAUAAAGCUUUUAAGCAAUCUGUGUGCUUUUCAUUUAGCCCCAUUAAAGAAUGUAUAAAAA